GAGAGAUACUUCCAACUGAGGAAUAGAUAAUAAAAUGAUUCCUACGAUUGAUCUAUCUAUAAAUAACCAAUCAGAGGCUAUCAAAGCUGCAGAAGGCUUGUCGACCUAUGGGGCUGUCUUCAUUAGAGUACCGUCAGCCAGCAACUUGGAUGGCUUUACAGAUAUGAUGGAGGACUAUUUCAAUCAGCCUGUCGACGAAUUAAAGCAAGAUGAGAGACCAGAACAUAGCUACCAAGUUGGCUGUACAGUCGGUAUAGAGAAAGCUAAAUGCUUUUCAACACGCGACGCAUAUUGUUUGUCUGUCAUAGACACUCUCGAGGAGAGCGAGAGGCCGACAAGAGUAGAGGAAAGUGGCGAUGGCAGCGAUCUUAAAUGUCGUUUCUUUCAUAGAAUGUCCACAAAGGAUCCUAAUAUCCAAUAUGCCAGCGAUUCACUCGAGAACAUAACACCAGCCGCUUUCAAAGACAGAAAUUGGGAAAAGGUCAUGAAUGACACUGGUAAUAUCUUCUUAGAAACAAUCGAAAAGCUCUCUAUUCUUGUCGCUCAAGGGCUGGGAUUGCCAGAUGAUACAUUUGUCGAUGCUGCUAAAUAUGGCAACCAUUUACUCGCACCUACAGGCUCAGAUCUAGGAAAAUACGGCUACCUCAAUUCCGUCUUAGCUGGUUUUCACACUGACUUGAACUUCCUCACUAUCCACGGUAAAUCUAGAUAUUCUGGUCUUAAUAUCUGGGCGCGCAAUACUGGUAAGAAGAUCCCAGUUGCAAUUCCGGAAGGCUGCUAUCUCGUACAAGCUGGUAAGCAACUAGAACACUACACCGGCGGAAACAUUUUAGCAGGAUUCCAUGAGGUAGUCGUAAAUGAGAAAACACUCUCACAAAUCGAGAAACAGAAAAAAGAGCAUCCAGAACGUCCAUUGAUACGAGUAUCAAGUACAUUCUUCUACCAUUUAUCAUCUUCAUUCGCAUUGCCAGAACAUUUACCAAAGUACCCUGCUAUGAAUGUAGGUGAUUUGGUCAUGAACGAACUUAAAUCAAUCGGUUUGAGCGAGGAUGCCAUGUAAAUUCACAAUUGCAUUAUUGAAUAACAUACGAUGGAAGUAGAGUGAUAUAUGUGCUAUAUAAGCUAAACUAAGAGCAAUCUGGAGAAGUACUUCACGUCGUAGCUUCGUCAUUGAUCGAUCAUUAGUUUUCCAUAUAUGAGCGAUUCUAAUUCUUAACAUUUCUGAAGAUACUAAAUCAUGGGUUUGAAACUUAUUAGAGAUUUCAAGAGAAACUCUGUAUAUUUUCCAGCGAAGCUCAGGCAGAAUCUGUUAAAAACGCAAACC